AUUUCACUAUACCAAAAAUCUCGACGAUUCUUCUGGUAAAUAUACAGACAUAGAUAGGCAGCAGCCACAGAGAAGAAGAAGAGAAAAUGGCGUCGUUUUUGCAAUCAUUCUUAGAUCCAAGAAAGAACUGGCUCGCGAAACAGCACAUGAAAGCUGUCUCCACUCGCCUUCGCAGAUACGGUCUCCGCUACGACGAUCUUUAUGAUCCGUACUACGAUCUGGACAUCAAGGAGGCGCUUAAUCGACUUCCGAGAGAGAUUGUUGAUGCACGUGUUCAGCGUCUCAAGCGCGCCAUGGACCUCUCCAUGAAACACGAGUACCUCCCGGAGGACCUCCAGGCAAUGCAAACCCCAUUCAGGAGCUACCUUCAAGAUAUGCUGGCUCUUGUGAAGAAGGAGAGAGCAGAACGUGAGGCUUUGGGAGCUGUGCCUUUAUAUCAGCGCACUAUUCCUUGAGCUUAUUAUUGGCCCAUUCUAGCUAUUGUUCAUGGGAGCAAAUAUCAUGUUAAAAGUUCUUAUAUUUGAUAGAGUGGCAGCAUAGCUGAAGGGAGAUGGAUUAUGUCUCAGCUUUAUAUGUUUGUUUCGUCAAUCAUUUGUCCAGGAGGUUGAGUUGUGUCUCGCACUUGUUGCUGGCAGUUUUCUAAUAAUCAAGCAUAUACAACUGUUUUUAGUUUCA